AUGGGCCAACACAACCUAACAGUGGUGACUGAAUUCAUUCUAAUGGGACUCACUAAUCGCCAUGAGCUACAGCUUCCACUUUUUGGGGUCUUCCUCUUCAUCUACAUGUCCACAGUGAUGGGCAAUACAGUCCUAAUCAUCUUGACCAAAGUAGACUCUCACCUCCAUACCCCUAUGUAUUUUUUUAUCAGACACUUGGCCUUCAUUGACCUUGGUAAUUCCACUGCCAUUUGUCCCAAGAUGCUGGUCAAUUUUAUUGCAGAGCAAAAUAUCAUUCCCUAUUAUGAAUGUGCCACCCAGCUGACGUUAUUCAUUUUCUUCACUGUCAGUGAACUCUUCAUCCUAUCAGUCAUGGCCUUUGACCGCUAUGUAGCCAUCUGUAAUCCUCUGCUCUACAAUGUCAUCAUGUCGCAAAGACUUUGUCAUGUGCUCAUGGGAACGUCAUACCUCUACAGUGCUUUUCAGGCUCUCUUGUUCACUAUUAAGACUUUUACGUCUGUCUUCUGUGGCUUUAAUGUCAUCAGUCACUUCUACUGUGAUGAGGUUCCCUUGUCAUCUCUGCUCUGCUCUAAUUCACAAGAAGUGGAACUGAUGCUCAUAGUAUUUUCUGCAUUUAAUUUAAUGUCCUCCCUCCUGGUAGUGUUGGUGUCCUAUCUGCUGAUUCUGAUAACUGUAUUUGGAAUGCAUUCUGUUGAGGGCAGGAAAAAAGCAUUCUCCACGUGCGGCUCUCACCUGACAGUGGUCGCUGUGUUCUAUGGGACUUUAUUAUUUAUGUAUGUGCAGCCCAAGUCGGCUCAUUCACAUGAUAAAGACAUACUGACCUCUGUGUUUUACACUUUAGUCAUUCCCAUGCUUAACCCGUUGAUAUACAGCUUACGGAAUAAAGAAGUUAAAAAUGCCUUCAAGAGGGUUUUUAAAAAGAAAAUUAAGAAUUGUAUUCAAUAG